AUGAAGAGGUUGAAGGGUGGUGAGCCGUCAAGUGUGAGGAGGUUCAAGUUAUCAUACCUUCUGCUGGGUGCAGCCUUGUUUUAUUUGAUCCUUGUUUUCUUUAAAUUUCCGGAGUUUUUCGAGAGUGCAUCUGUUUUGAGCAGUGAUGAUAGUCAUGGCGGUCUUCAUGGACUCUCCAUUGUUGAUGAAAAGGGUGCAGAGAUGUCCGAAUCAGACAUUAGCUCAGAUGGGUUUCACAGGAUAUUACAGAACAAUGAAAAACAAGGUGGUUCUGUAAACUCUGGAGAUGUAAUUUCUCGAGAGGAGGAGAAUUACCAAAAACAAGAGAUCCCUACAUCGCAGAGGUAUGGUCGAAUAACUGGUGAAAUUUUGAGGCGAAUUAAUAGCACAAAGAAUAUAUCUGUGCUGGACAAGAUGGCUGAGGAGGCUUGGGUCUUAGGGUCCAAGGCAUGGAAUGACGUGAAUAAGUACGACGAGAAAGACAUUGACAUGAGCACGAUACUCGAAGGAAAGCCUGAGUCGUGCCCUUCUUGGGUUUCAAUGAAUGGAGAGGAGUUGGCCAAGAGAGAUUAUAUAAUGUUCCUACCGUGUGGUCUUGCUGCAGGUUCUUCAGUCACAGUAAUUGGGACCCCACACCAUGCCCAUCAGGAGUAUGUUCCACAGCUUGCUAAGCUGAGGGUUGAUGAUGCAUUGGUUAUGGUAUCACAGUUCAUGGUAGAACUACAAGGGCUGAAGGCUGUGAAUGGGGAGGACCCACCAAAGAUUUUGCAUCUGAAUCCUCGGUUAAGAGGUGACUGGAGCCAUCAACAAGUGAUUGAGCAUAAUACUUGUUACAGGAUGCAGUGGGGUACAGCUCAGAGGUGUGAUGGGUUGCCAUCCAAAAGUGACGAUGAUAUGCUGGUGGAUGGGCAAAGGCGGUGUGAUAAAUGGAUGCGUAAUGAUGUCAUAGAUACAAAGGAGUCUAAGAUAUUUUCAUGGUUUGAGCGAUUUAUAGGACGUGCAAAAAAGCCAGAAGUAACCUGGCCAUUUCCCUUUCGAGAAGGCCGGAUGUUUGUUUUAAAUAUACGUGCUGGAGUUGAUGGUUUCCAUAUAAAUGCUGGGGGUCGUCAUAUAACAUCAUUUCCAUACCGAGUGGGUUUUACACUGGAAGACGCAACGGGAUUGGCAAUCAAAGGUGAUGUGGAUGUUCAUUCAGUAUAUGCUACCUCGUUGCCAACCUCUCAUCCAAGUUUCUCACCCCAAAGAGUAUUAGAGUUCUCUGAGAAAUGGAAAUCCCAUUCCCACCCCUUACCCAAAGGGAGUGUUCAGCUCUUUAUUGGAGUUCUUUCUGCUACAAAUCACUUUGCAGAGCGUAUGGCUGUAAGGAAAACGUGGAUGCAAUCUUCAGCUAUUAAAGCCUCCAAAGUAGUUGUUCGGUUUUUCGUUGCACUGAAUCCUAGGAGUGAGGUGAAUGCAAUUUUGAAGAAGGAGGCUGCAUUCUUUGGUGACAUAGAGGUCAUACCGUUCAUGGAUCGUUAUGAGCUAGUAGUCCUCAAAACUGUUGCAAUUUGUGAAUAUGGGGUCCGGAAUGUGAUAGCUGCUUAUGUAAUGAAAUGUGAUGACGACACUUUUAUUAGGGUAGACACUAUCUUAAAAGAUAUUGAAAGUGCUUCUUCUGGGGGGUCGUCGUUGUAUUUGGGCAAUCUAAAUCUCUUGCACCGACCUCUUAGGAGUGGUAAAUGGGCCGUCACUUAUGAGGAAUGGCCAGAGGAAAUUUAUCCUCCGUACGCCAAUGGGCCUGGAUAUGUAAUAUCAUCCGACAUUGCGAAGUUUAUUGUCUCUCAACAGGCAGAUCGUAGUUUACGGCUAUUUAAAAUGGAGGAUGUGAGCAUGGGAAUGUGGGUAGAGCAGUUUAAUAGCACGAAAAAUGCAGUAAAGGAAUUUAAAAGUUUCAAGAUUAUCAACAUUCCUUUGAAAUCUUCUGUGUUGUCAUCUGAUGAGGGUUAUACGGGUAUUGGUAACAAUCUGAAUGGAGGUAUAGUUUUCUCCAAAAGCUAA